AAAAAUUGUAAUUUUAAUAAUAAAAUACCAAUAAGAGAAAAGAUGACUGAAUAAUAUUUUGAAUUUGAUUAUUUACUUAGAAUCAUAUUAGUAGGUGAUACUGGAAUUGGGAAGAGUUCACUUCUUUUGAGAUAUACAGAUUAAGAAUUUUAAUAAAAUUUACUUCCAACUAUAGGAAUAGACUUCAGAACUAAAAUUAUUGAAUAAAUGGGAAAAAAUGUUAAAUUAUAAUUUUGGGAUACAGCAGGUUAAGAGAGAUUUAGAACAAUAAGUAGAAAUUAUUAUAGAGGAGCCCAUGCUAUUUUUUUUGUUUAUGAUAUUACUGAUAGAGAAUCAUUUAAAAGAAUUGAAUAUUGGAUUAAUGAAGUUGAGCAGAAUUCACCACCUGAUAUAAUUAGAGUUUUGAUAGGAAAUAAGAGUGAUUUAAAUUAUAAAAGAGAAGUUGAUUUUGAUGAAGGAAAAGAAUUGGCCAGAACCCAAGGACUUGAAUUCUUUGAAUCGUCUGCUCUUGAGAAUAGAAAUAUAGAAUGUGCAAUUAAUUAUGUAGUUAAAAUGUGGCUUAGAAAAAAAGAAUUAGAAGAAAAAUACUAAAAAUAAAAUCCUUAAGCAAAUCCUAUUUUAUCAGAUUUAACAGUACCAAUAAAAAAGAAAAGCUUACUUUAACUUUGCUAAUGUUGAUUUUAUUUUUUAUCAAAC